UCACAUCAUACAACUGAUGGAAGUAAGAUUAUGUCGAUCCAACACAAAGUUAAGUUCUGUAAUAAUGGGAGAGAACUCAAUAUUAUUAACUAUACAGGGAACAAAAUAUGCGGUAUCGAUACAAUCUUUGGUAAAAUGAGGUGUAAUUUUUGUUCAGUAGACCAUUCUUUUUUGCGAUGCAUAAUACUUUUUGAUAAUGAAUAA